AUGAAUAUUUCGUUAAGUGAAUUUCAAGAUGAAGAAUACAAUGAUUUAUACGAGAAUUUUUCAGAGUCAGCCUAAUAAUUAACUUCAUCACCAGAUGAAAUUAUGUUUAUUGAUGAUUUAGUAUUAGGUGUGCACAUAACUUACGAUGAUGUGUUGAAAUUAAACAAUGAUGGAAAAAUGAAUUUUAAGAGCAUGAUUUACUUUAUUAAUUACCUAUAAAAGCGUUCUAAAGCCGUUCACUAAUAUUACUUAGCGUAUUAAAGAUAAAUGUUAGAUCUUGUGGAGUAAUUGAACCCUUUAUUGAGAAAAAAUUAACAAAAGGGCGAUCCAAUCAACUAUAUUCUCAUAUUCUAUUGGAAUGACAGGUGGGUAACUGGGAUAUAUAAUCUAAAAACAACAGUUUUAGAUAUUGUGGAUCUCUAAAAGAAUAAGACAAAGGAUGAUUUAAAAAAAUCAUAUGAACAGUUACUUAAAAAAACAGGAUUGGCUAAAGUAUCUUUCAAGACUGUGAAUUACGUAUAUUAGGAAGAUAAAUCAACUGAUGGAGGUAUGUAUAUUGUAAAUUAUUUGUAUCAAACUAUUGUCAAAGGGUAAUCAUUCGUAAAACUGUAACCGAAUGACAAGGUAAAAUUAAAAUCUCAAUUGUUGUGGUUAUUUUUCAGAGGUGAGAAGUCAUAACAUGUUGAUUAUCCUCCAUUACCAGCUUUAACAUAAUGGAAUGAAAAUGAAAUUAAAUAAUAUUAAGUGGUAAAUCUAGAACCAUUUCUAACAGGCUAAUGGACAGGAAUUGAAGUUUAAUUAACUGAUUUUGAAUUGCUCUAAAAAUCUGGAAAAUCUAAACUUCACAUGAUGGCCUUUUGGUUGUCUUAUUUGUAUUAUUUUGAUUUGUAGAGCAAAACACCAUUAAUUCCCUUUUUUGUAGUAGCAGAUGGAGAUGAAAUUUGUGAAGAAUUUGAAAUAAUCUUCAAACCUAGAAGGAGAUAAGGUGCAGAAAAUGAAAGAUUAAUCGUAUUAUAGUAUAUUAAAAAUACCAGAUGGGUUUUUGCAAUUUACCAUAUGACAUAAAAAUCGCUAGAUAUUAUAGAUCUAUAAAAUAAGAAUGUUACUAAGGAUGAAUUGAAAAAUUCAUUUGAUAAAUUAAUAUCAUCUUUAAUCACAUACAAUAAUCCAGCUCCAAACUAUAUCUUUUAAAGCUAUACGGAUAGUACAGACGGAACUGAAUACAUAGUAAAUUGGCUUUGGCAAUACAUUUCAGGCACUCCUCUUGACAAAAUUAAAUUUGGGUUCUCAGAGAAAAGGUAGCUAAGAUCGAAAUUGAUUUGGACAUUGAUUAAGAUGUAGUAAACAGUUAUUUCAAGUCAAAAAUCAAUAUAAAUAGGUUCCAAAAAGAAGAUAGCUAUUCCAUAAAUCGCACAAACACCCAAAUCAUAAUAAAAUGAUGUUUAAAAUCCUCAAACUUAAUCUGGAGGUACCAGAUUUGGAAGGUUUAAAAACAAUAUAAAUACAAAUAAUGAUACACCUCAAUAAAGAUCAAAUAAAAAUAUAGAAGAAUAAACUCCUUAAUAAAAAAAAACUUUUGUCAGCUCAUUCAGAAAUAAGUAAUAAACUGCCACUUAAUAAUCGCCUAUGAAUUCCCCUCAAAAGUCAGUUACUUCAGAUUAAAAGUCUGAAUAAUAGGAACCGCAUUCUAAAAAAUCUUCUUUAUUUAGUAGGAACAAACAAUAGGGUGAUCAAUCACCGAAAUCUCAAACCAGUGAAACUUCAAUUUAAUUAGCAUAGUAAGUAAGCAGAUCAUUUACUGGAAAAAAGAAUGCUCUGUAAUCUGGAAGCAGAGUAGGUACAAAUAAAAAUAAUUCUCUUCAUUAAUAAGAGCCAAUUAUUGAGACUCAAAGAAGUGAAGAAUAUGAUGAAGAUGAAUUCUCUGACUUAUUCAAUAAAAAGAAAAGAUCAAUUGAUCAACCAUAACCAUAUUUGGAUAAUUAAGAUAGAUUAGGCAAAAUUUAAGAAGAAUUGACAGAGUAUUAUCAUGAACUAAUAAAUGACGAAGUAGAUAAGGAAGUAGAAAUAUAAAAGCUAUAAGAAGUCUUUAGAAUCAAUGGCAAAAUAAAGCAAUACUUAGAAAAAAGAAAAAAAAUGACAUUUGAUGAAGUACUUGAUACCGUCAAAAACAAAAGCACUAUCAAUCAGAGUGCUGUUUAUAAUUCGAAUCUAUAAAACUAUAGUACUAUACUACAUGAUGAUUAAUAAAUACUAAGAAUGAUUAACGAAAUGAUUUAAGGAGAAAAUAACGAAGUAUCUCUUUAAAAGACUCUUUUAAAAAGAUAGGAUUACUUAUUUUAAUAAAUGGAUUAGAUGGAUGUAAGUGCUCCAAAUGUUUACUUUGAAUUUCCAAAAUCAAAGGAUGAAAGCACUAUAAAAACUCAAUUCACUAGUUUACCAACCAUAAGAAGAAACACUUCAGAAUUCAUUUAAAAAGGUAAUAUCGCUGCUAAAAGAUAUGGAAUGAAAAUUGAAAUUCCUAUGAUGUAGUAAUUUUAUAAAGAUGGCAAGGUAAAUAAUUUGAUUUUUAAUUUUUUACUAAAAUUUUUUGAAGAAAAGUCUAAUCAUCAACGUAAAAAUAAUUAUGUAUUUCAACAUUAUAGCACUAAUAUGAAAUUGUUUCCAACUUAAUUUUACCAAACCUUAUGCUUUAAUUUACUUCAUUCCACAUUUAGAAUUAAUUAUUUUGAGGCUAAUCAAUUCACUUUUGAAUAUACAGGACAGGAGGAAACUAUAUUCGAUAUUUUCGAUUGGUUAGUUGUACCAAUUGUAGAAUAUCCAACCGAAUAUUCAGUAGUUUUUGUUAAUCUUAAAAGGAAAACAUGUUAUUGCUAUUUACUGUCCUCGCUCUCAUUAAGAAUCAAGGAUCCAUUAUACAUGAAUCCAGAGAAAAAUCCUUAUAUGAAAAAUGUCAUUUCAUUUUUAUAAUAUGAAUUCGAAAUUAAAUUAAAGAAACCCAGAGAAGAACUAGGGAGAUUUAGUUAUUAAUUUGGAGUUGUGAAUGAUGUAAACAGCUUUGGUUAAAGUUUAAAUUAUGAUUAUAGUGGAUUAUAUGCAUUAUAUAUCAUUCUCCAUUUGGUUAAACAUGGUCACAAUUCCGAAAUCGUAAUUGAUUAAUAUCAAAUUACAAUAUUGAAAAAGGUAUUCCAUGAUUUAAUAAUUAAAAUUGGAUACAAUGAAGAUUAUAAUCUAUUUCAUCUACUUGAAGAAAAUUAAUUUCCUUUUUGA